GUCCACAUAAAAACGGGAUGCAAACAUGUUUGGCAUGUUUAAAUUUUGACAGCAGGAGUGAGCCACUAUAAAAGCCAACUGGCCCAGACGCAUUGAGUUCAUACGCGUCUCAACUUUCGCUUUCUACGCUCCACAGCCCAACACAAUGAACAAGCUCCUGCCUCUCUUCGUCCUGGCUGCCCUGGCCACCGUUGCCAUUGCCUUUCCAGAGAAACCUGAACAGGAAAUAAUCCCCGUUCUGAGAUCAGAGAUCAACAAACGUCCCGAUGGAUCCUACGAUUCCGCUUACGAAACCGGUAAUGGCAUCGUCCACAACGAGGAGGCCACAAUCCAAGACAAGGGCACCGAUGAGGAGGCCCUCGAGGUCAAGGGAUCCUACAAAUACAUCAACGACCUGGGCCAGGAAGUCGAGGUGUUCUACACUGCGGGAAAGAAUGGUUUCGUUCCAUAUGGAUCAAUCAUUAACCCAGAAAUCACAGCUGUGGCCGAGGCUGCCAAGGACUUGCCCAAACUGCCGGAGAAGUCCGAGCUGCACUAAGCCAAGAUCUCUUAGAAAUUAGGUUUCAAGCCAGCGCGUUGUAAAUAGACCAAAUAUAAAAAAGAACUAUCUAA